CCGGGGACGAACGUUGAUAAUGUUUGUCGUAUGAGGUGAUUUCGUUUUCCUCCGAAAGUUUUGGGACUGUUUUCCUCCCUGAAAGGAUUUUGAACUUAACUUCUUGAGAGGGGAUACAGAAAUGAGUUUCCAGAUAUAAAUCGUCUUCUUUAUCUGGAAGAAUUAAGUAAAGUUUCGACAGAUUUGGUUCUGCACGUUGGUUGCGAUCCUUCAAGGACACCAUGGCUUCGUUUCAACCGUCGAGUCAUCUAUUUGAACGAAACAUCUCUCUAAACGAUCUCGACUCCGCUUUAGACGUGCGAGAAAUAGUACGAAAAGAUGUCGUGGUACCCGAAGACGUUACAAAACAUAGAUAUCUCGAUGCAUCUUCCAACUAUACGUUUGUGCUCCCUUCGUUCCGAGACUUCUCUCUCGAAUUCAGAAAAUUCGUGUUCAGCUUUCUAGUGGAUGGACACAUAAUGAGAGAGUUGGAAGCUGCCAGAAGACUUAAUUGGUGCGGUUCUCUGGGUCGUAUGGUGACAGUGAGUACUUUGGGCGAUGGAAACUGUUUAAUGCAUGCAGCUUCUAUUGGAAUGUGGUCCGUCAACGAUCGUUACCAGACUCUCAGGAAAACUGUUCAUGAAGCGCUCGUGGAAGACGUGGAAGGUACAAGUUUUUACCAUGGUCGCUGGAAAGCUGAAGAAGAACGGCAAAUAUUGAACCAGCACGGAGGAUAUCAGAGAACAGAAGAACAAUGGGAUCACGAAUGGGAGGAAGUUAUAAGACAUGUAUCACAGAAUGAAUUUCCAUUUGGUCCAAAUGGCGCUCAGUUUGGAAGCCUUGAAGAGAUCCACAUCUUUGUCCUUGCCAACAUCCUGCGUCGCACCAUUAUAGUAAUGUCUGAUGACACCUUAAGAGGACCAUAUGGUGAUUCAUAUUCUCCAAUAAACUUUGGCGGUGUUUACCUGCCUCUGUUGUGGGACUCUGUAGACUGUGUGAAAAGUCCUUUGGUAAUUGGUUAUGCAAAUGGACAUUUCACAGCAGUUGUUAGUAUUCAAGAUGGAAAGCUAGACCUGGAGGUUGAAAAUCAGCCAGCUUCAAGCUCAACUAAUUGCAUGCAUGCAGUGCCAUUAGUGAAAUUCGAUGGAUCACCAUUACCAGUUCACUUUCUUCUCGAUCAUGAAGUACCUCUGGCCAAUGACCGUGUUCGUCAGUACUUGGACUGUGCUAAAGUACCCUUUUUAAGUGAUCAAGGAGAACCUAGGCAGACAGUUCUUGUGGCAAAGUUGCAUUUUGGUGAGGAACCUCACUGCAUGAAAGCUCUUAUCGAGGGAUACUUCCAAAGGGCCAGGGAGGAAUAUCAACGUAUGCUGAGAACCAGUCAGGUUAAUGCUCAAUCUCAGCCAGGUACCAAACAACCAGCACUACAGAUUGUUCAAUGCCAAACUCCAGGUUGCACCUUCUAUGGAUCAACAGAAACUGGGAAUCGGUGCUCUCAGUGUCUGAAUGAGUAUCUCAGGAACCUUGGACCUUUAGAACCAAGUCAUCCCCGAGCAGUGAGACAGAUUUUCUCACAGCAAAAUUUUGUUACAACAUCAUCCCCAACACCACAAGCUCCUAAUGCCUUUGUGACAACCAUUCCAACAACCUUUCCAGCUACAACUUCUGCCAAAUGCCGCACAUCUGGGUGCAAGUAUGCUGCAGUGUCUAACCAUGGUGGCCUAUGUGAGAGGUGCUUCGAAGCUGAGAGAAAUGCUGAAGAAAUGGCUGCAAGCAUGAAUCCCAUGACUUUGGCAAUCACAAAGCACUGUGCAAACAGAGUGAAUGGCUGUGAGUUCUUUGGCCUGCCUGAACAUCACAACUUAUGCUCAAGAUGCUAUAGAACCUUUUGUCUACAGAUGGAAAACACCUUGGCAACACUCCCUCAAACUGGUUUAAAACCCUGUAGUCCAGCAUUGCCAGGACAGCCUAACAGUUGCCAGAGUCAGAACUGUCCAUAUCCUGGUGUUCCUGCAUUGUAUAGUAUGUGUGUACAGUGCUAUAAUGGUUGUAUUCACAGUUUUAUAACCUCAAAGGGUGCAUCAGUUGGGAGUGCUGUGCAACCCAGUCCACCCCAGCAUGCACCACCACAAAAUAUCACAAGAAUGAAUCCAGUUCCAACUGGUGGUAGAAGGAAAGGUGUCCUCUGUGCCUCUCCAGGCUGCUUCAGUGAAGGAAUUUCUCAAUUCUCAGACUUGUGUAGAGAAUGCCAUGCAAGAAAAUCUGGUCCCUCUCCACAAGAACGAAACACUCCAGUAUCUACUGCAAGAGAAGCUAGUGUCCCUUUAACCACACGGUCUCCAAGCUCCACAUCUGCGGCAGCAGUGGCAGCUGCCUCAAAUCAUCACCUAACAUCAGCGCCAACAAGAUCAGGCAGCACAGCAGGGACAGCAUCGAGGGUAUCAGGACAUCCUCUUCCAGCUUUUACAAGUAGCCGCACCAAUACUAAUGCUAACCCUGGGACCUCGUCAUCUGUCGGGGCACAGCGUCCUUAUCAAGUCACUUUACCACAAGCACCAUCCACUGAAUCAAGAACUGAUAAGUGUGCCUUGUGUGGAAAAGAAGCAGAGCUGGAUGGGGUAUUGUGUAAAGAUUGCUUUGCUGCAGGUUUUCAGGCAGAACUGCGGAACAUGGAGAAGAGGCAAGCUUCAGUAUCCCAGACAUCAUCCAAACAACAAGGCACCUUUGCGGCUGUUUCUUCAAACAACCAGGGAGCACAAAGCACUUCUCAAGGAAUGAACCAAACAGAGAUAGCAACAGCAACAGCAACAGCCAAGAAGAUGGCUGUGAAGGUAACUGAGCUUCCAUGUACAACCACAGGCUGUCUGAGAUUUGGAACCCCAGAGAAGAAUGGGUUAUGUGAGCAGUGCUAUCUUGUUGAGAGAAGGAUACGGCGUGGCUCAUCUACUGAAGCACAUCAAAAUCAGGCUCCAGGAUUAAGAGAAAACCCACGCAGUUCUCCAACGCCCACACAAAAUCGCCAGUUUGGUUAUGACCUUCCAGAACCUGUACAAGUGUCCCAGCCACAAAACUCUCUGUAUGCACCUCGUGCAAGACAAACUCAGUCAAAUUCGGGCAGUGACGACAUCAGUGGUCAAAAAUGCCGUGGCACAAACUGCACCUUAUUUGGAACGCCAGAGACAAAUGGAUUUUGUUCUCGGUGCUUUUUGGAGAGCACUCUUCCUCUUCCAUACCCUCAUUCAGUUCCAGACUUCUCUACUGCAUCUCAUCCAGCAGCAGUAGUGCAAAGAUGCACUGUAACUGGAUGUGACCGCACUGCUGCACCAGAGAGACAUGGUCACUGCCAAGACUGCUUUGGAAUGUUCCACCCUGAUGUUCUCUCUCGUGAAUCCUUUCUCAACGAUUCUCAUAGAUGACUGCAAAUAUGUUUAAACAGGCUGUAAUAGGGAACAGUCAGUUUAUAAUAAAAGUACCUAACACUGAUAUGAUUGUAAGUGCAUCUUAAUUCAGCAUUAUCACGCUUUUCUGCUGAAUGCUGGGUAUAAAUUAAGGACUGUUCAAAGUUUCAACCAUGUUGGACCAAUAUGAAAACAAUAUUAAUUCAUUAAAAAGUCUACAAGGAUCAAACCUUGGUCAAUGAAACCUGGUAGAUUGGUCUGUUCGUAGGCUUGUUUCCUCUUUAAUCAAUGUCCGGAGCAUGUGCAAAAGAACAGUUGCCAGGAAUUGAUAAAGGACAAAAUUAACAUUAGGGAGUGAAGGACAGUAGACAUUCCUGAGGAACAUUGUAUUUGUAAAAAGAAUCAGUUACAGUUUUUGUUACUUGACACAUCAGCAGUAACUGAGAGAACUUAUAAGUUCUUACUAGCCCUUAUUCUCAGCUCAGAAGGGUACAACUCCUAAUUAAGAGAAAUUAGAUUUACAGUAUGUUACAAGUGUUAAUAUGGUUAGUUGUGUAGAUGGCUUAUUUUGAAAGUAUUAAUUUCAUUUAUUCUUAGGGUAACCUUGAGCAUUGAUUAGUCAAAAUUAAUAUUAUAUCUUUUCGCCUAAUUAGCAAGUUUUUUCAGGGACAUUGUUGUUUGGGAAGUUGGUUUAAAAAGCUUGUUUUAAACUAACCAAAAAAAACAAUUAAAAGUUCCAUUUGAGUGUAAUGGGAAACAGACUGGUGAAAGAAAAAAAAGGACUUCUGACACAUGCAUUGACAUCCAGCUAUUGCAGUAUAGGCUCUGGGCAUGUAAAUAGUAAUGAUGUGUGCAUUUAAUUAAUUCAAUUUUUUUUAAGCACUACAGUAAGAGAAAAAUGUUCAAGUUUAAAAUACAAGUAGUGGUGUUAACAAAUGCAAUAAUAAACUUGAUUGCUUGAGAUGUCUGUACCAUCAAUUAUUCAAUUACGAUAAAAAUAAUUAUAUUCUGUUGUUGGAUAAUAAAGUA